AUGUGUGGCGGUGCUAUCAUCUCAGACUUCAUCGCUCCGAACACCACUGCUCGAUCUUCUCGGCGGUUGACGCCGGAUUUUGAGUGGCUUGAUCUGAAGAAACCCUUCAACAACAAGAAGUACUCGAAGCCAGUUGUUGUUGAUCUUGACGAUGAUUUCGAGGCUGAUUUUCAAGAGUUUAAGGAUGAGUCUGAUGUCGAUGAGGAUUAUGAUGUCUUUGUUGAUGUCAAGCCAUUUGCUUUCUCUGCUACUGCUGCUGCCCCUACUAAAAAACGUUCCACAGCUGUUAAAUCUACUGAAUUCAGUGGGCAAGCUGAAAAAUCAGCAAAGAGGAAGAGAAAGAACCAGUAUAGAGGAAUUCGGCAGCGCCCAUGGGGAAAAUGGGCUGCCGAGAUUCGUGACCCCAGGAAAGGGGUACGUGUCUGGUUGGGAACAUUCAACACUGCAGAAGAAGCUGCAAGAGCAUAUGAUGCUGAGGCACGUAGAAUUCGUGGCAAGAAAGCUAAGGUGAACUUUCCUGAUGAAGCUCCACGUGCUUCACCAAAGCAUCUAGUUAAGGAAAACUCACAGAAGCCACUUUCAAAGGCAAAUUCAAGCCAGAAUUUCAGUUACUCAAGCAACCCAGAAUCGGAUUAUAAUAAUAUGGGCUUUGUGGAAGAGAAACCAAUAGUUAAUCAAUUUGGAUUAAUGAAUUCUUUCCCUGCCAAUGGAGAUUCUGGGAUGAAGACCUUUACUCCAUCUGACAAUGCUCCUGUGUAUUUCAAUUCCGACCAGGGGAGCAACUCGUUUGAUUGUGACUUUGGGUGGGGAGAACAAGCCCCAAGGACUCCUGAAAUCUCGUCUGUUCUUGCAGCUACUCCAGAAGUUGAUGAAUCUCUCCUAGUGGAUGAUAAUCCUACGAAGAAGUUGAAAUCAUACUCUGAGAGUGCAGUGCCUGUCGAAGAGGAGAACGGAAAAUCUCUGUCGGAAGAGUUGCUUGCUUUUGACAGUCAGUUGAAAUACCUUCAGAUGCCAGAUCUUGAGGGUAGUAGCUGGGAGGCUUCUCUUGAUAGCUUCCUUAAUGGAGACACAACUCAGGAUGGCACAAAUGCAAUGGACUUAUGGAGCUUCGAUGACCUUUCCCCUAUGGUUGGGGGAGUUUAUUGA